CCCAACCUGCACAGGAGGAGAUAAACCGUACCGGAGUGAACUGCGGAUUGAUGGACUGCACCACCGUGUGGUAGGAGGAGGGGGGGUGGACAUAGCACCGUAGAAAAAAAGCCGUCCGCCUCCUUUCAUUCCUCCAUGUUCCAUUCCUACAGUGGCAGCACACCGCACCGCCAUCUCUCCUGCUUGGCUGACUGCACACACCGCACUGGGGUUUGUGAGAGGAGCCAAGGCCGUGCUGCUGCCAUUCCUGCGUCCUGCCUCCUCCUCCUUCCUUCUCCUCCUCUCUGGUGACCCGUCCCCGCCCUCUCCCAUCACAAGCCGCUGCCCCUGCUGCAGGGCAAGCGAGCGCCUCCGGCUCCCCUCUCUCGUCGUUUGUUGUCCUUGUGUUAUGGUACAGCCGUGACAACAGGGGUGACAUGGGGCGCAGCUAACCGGACACACGUGACCCCCACCCCGAUUGGAGUGCCAUCCCGAGCCGGAGACGAGGAUGAGCGAUCAGUGAUCACAGCUAUCCCUGCAGAGCCUGCUUCAUUCAUCCCAGCCCUGCCUGUGAGAGGAUAUCCCGCUUCAUCCAAGGAUGCCGCUUGUUAAAAGAAACAUCGAUCCCAGGCAUCUGUGCCACACUGCUCUUCCAAGGGGGAUCAAGAAUGAACUGGAAUGUGUAACAAAUAUCUCUUUGGCAAAUAUUAUUCGACAACUAAGUAGUCUGAGUAAAUAUGCAGAAGACAUAUUCGGGGAACUGUUCAACGAGGCUCACAGCUUUUCCUUUAGAGUGAACUCAUUACAAGAACGCGUUGACCGGUUAUCUGUCAGUGUAACACAGCUUGAUCCUAAAGAGGAGGAACUCUCAUUGCAGGACAUUACAAUGAGGAAAGCUUUCAGAAGUUCUACCAUUCAGGAUCAGCAGCUGUUUCACCGCAAAACCUUGCCAAUUCCUCUUCACGAAUCCUAUGAGUUGUGUGAACACCCACCACCUCUUAAUAUCCUAACACCCUACAGAGAUGAUGGUAAAGAAGGCCUCAAAUUUUACACAAAUCCAUCUUACUUCUUUGACUUAUGGAAAGAGAAGAUGUUGCAAGACACAGAGGACAAACGGAAGGAGAAGCGAAAGCAAAAGCAAAAAAAUAUUGAUCGUCCACAUGAACCAGAGAAAGUGCCUCGAGCUCCACAUGACAGACGUCGGCAGUGGCAGAAGCUGGCUCUUGGUGCCGAGCUGGCAGAAGAUGAUGUAGAACUUAUACAGAAACAUAUGGAAAUAGCUAAUGGACCAGCAUCACAUUAUGAAACAAGGCCACAAGCUUAUGGAGAAAAUGCAGAUGGACACUUCUCACUUGCAGCUCUACCAUACAGUCAGAUGAAUGAUCUCCUGAACAGGGUUCAGGGUGAAGAAAGGGUUUUGGUAAGGCCUCAUGAACCACCACCUCCUCCACCAAUGCACGCUGCCGGAGAUGGAAAAGCCAUGCCUGUUAUCAGUGCCACACAAAAUUUUACUGAAAACCGACCACAGUCUCCAGCCACGGGAAGAACGCAAGUGUUUGUGAGCCCCUCUCCUCCACCACCACCACCACCUCUUCCUCCUCCUCCUCCACCCCUUCCAUCUGCACUUUCUGCAUCUUCACUGCGCUCAUCUAUAUCCUCCACUCCUCCGCCUCCUAUUCCUCCACCACCCCCACCUCCUGCAACUAGCUUGCAGAAUACUGUUGUUCCACCACCACCAGCUCCUCUUCAGAUAGCGCCUGGAGUACUUCACCCAGCACCACCUCCUGUAGCCCCUCCUCUUGUACAGCCUUCCCCUCCAUUAUCACGUUCUGGUCAAGCAGGUGAAGCUGUGCCAGUGCAUCCACUUCCACAAACUGAAGCACAGGGGCUUCCACCACCACCUCCUCCACCACCUUUACCUCCUCCUGGAAUGCGUCCCUCUUCCCCUGUUGCAGUCCCCCUACUCUCGCACCCACCUGCCAGUUUACAUCCUCUUGCAUCUAUUGUACCUGGCUCUCAUGCUCCUUUGCAUCCCUCCUCCCCACCAUCACAAUUUGCUCCUGAUCCCAAGCGGCAUCCAUCAACUCUACCAGUUAUCAGUGACGCAAGAAGUGUUCUACUGGAAGCAAUACGAAAAGGAAUUCAACUUCGUAAAGUUGAAGAACAGCGCGAACAGGAAGCCAAGCACGAGCGCAUUGAGAAUGACGUGGCUACCAUCUUGUCUCGGCGAAUUGCUGUGGAAUACAGCGACUCAGAGGACGACUCUGAGUUUGAUGAAGUAGAUUGGGAGUGAAACAUGUUACAUAGUUAAACACUACAAACUGGAAUGCUGAUGUCAAUUGUGGUGCUUGUUCUUUAAAAGUUUGGUCAUUUCUAGUGUUUUGUAUCUUUAUUAACUUACGCCAUCAGAAAAAAAUAAACUUUUUUUUCUACUUUUAGUUUACAGCAAGGUUAGCGACUCUGACAUUUUAGAGUGACCUUUUUACCGUUCUUUUAUAAGGAGAAUGAAGCAAUGUUCCAAUAGACCACUAAGUAUUAUGACUGGGCAGCUGUCGAGAUGUAGAAUAGAAAGCAAAAGAUUUUUUUUUUUUCUCUUUAAGUAUACUUUGUGCACUUUGUGAAUUUAAGUUAAUGAAGGCGACUGAAGAGUGAAAUUCCAAGGGCAACUGUAUUUACUAUAGGCCUUAUUUUAUUUUUUUAUUAGCUGUUUUCAUAGCAUUAAACCUAGCUCUGAAGAUUACAUCUCAUAGUUUGGUCUGAACACUGACACAGAAAGCGCAACUGGUACAUGCAUAGAACAAAGGUGGCCAUUUUGUAAGUAAAUGUCAUUUGUGUUUCAUGGCCCUGUGAUUUUUUAUUUAUUUUAGUAAGGUUAUAAUUUUGGGUGGACACCAUUGGGUUGUGUCUGAUGACUUCUUAUGUAUCUCUUAGGGAUGUGGUUAAAUAUGCCUGUCGGUUUACCAAAUCUUGUUAGAGUACAAAGUUAGGAGAUGAGUCUUAGUUCUCCUGACGCAUUGUCGUAAAGUGAAGGUAAAUUAACAGUCCAUUCGCACUAUUUGUUGCGGUAACCGUGCAUGCGGUAUUUUUGGCAACACUGUUGGAUGGUGCAUUGUGGUGGCAUUCAAAUGAAUGGCACCACAUUGCAUCAGUGCAUGUAAUUUGCAUUACUGCAUACAUAACUGUG